AUGUAUAUAAGCACCCAAUAUCAGGUCAAGGACACAUCUAAUAGAGCAAGUCGCCGCAAACGAAGUAUCCAAAGAGCCAGCAAUACAUUCGACAAUAAAAAGUAUAACUUCGAUCACAAUCGAGAAGAAGAAGAACGGCGACAUAUUCCGCAAAUCGUAGCAAAUAUGGGAGGUCGGCAAGCUUCAGAAAAUAAUAUUUCACAAGAGGAGAAAUCAAACAUUUGUUGUACUGGAUAUAGUAUGAGUAAUCAGUACUUGAGCAGUUACAUUUUUAGUUGGAUUCUUGAACACAAAUUUUUAUCUCCCUUUCCGCCGUGGCUUUAUAUAGCUACCGCACUAGGCUCGUAUUGGGUUUCUUGA